GCAGCCGGGUGGAAGACACCUGCGUGGGGGCGUGCCGGUCCUCGCCCAAUCCGCCCUGCGGGGCAGCUGUUGCGUUCGGUACGAAUUACACACCGUAAGUUGACUGCUGGAGCAGCCUGUGACAGGCUGUAGACAGGAAUUCUGGGGCAGCUGACAGUUGAGGAGCCCAGAAUCUUAGCGCUGCGUUAGUGCCUGAGCGAUUUCUCUUUGGUCCGUAGUGAAUUCGCUAUCUCGGUGCAGUAUUGCAUGGUAAACACAGAAUGUCAAUGAUCCGCUGUGUGCUCUGGGAACUUUUGCAAUUAAAUUGUUGGCUUGGUCAGCCUCGUGAUGGUUGUCUCUUUCCAGUAAUGGAAGCUUUCUUCUAGGAGGUGUAGGGCUUGAUUAGCUGCACGGUGUUUAAUUUUUAAGGCAGGUGGCUGUCAGUGUUGAUUAAAUGCGAUUGAAUAUCUACUUGAGUUCUCAUGACCAACACCGGCAGCUUAAACGUUGUCAAACAAGUUGCUUAGACACUGUUUUACAGCCUACCCACAUAAUAGGAAUUUCAAGGCAAACACGGAAAGAGAUGUCAGAAGGUUCAGAAAAAGACUACUCGGACAGAACAAACAGCGAUGAAGACGAAUCAGAUGAAGAUCCUUUCAUGAAAUUUCUAAAUGAAGAUAUUCAUCAGUGUGCUCUUUUAGCAGCCAACUGUAAUGGGGACCCUUUCUUCCCUCGGACGACACAAAUACUGUUGGAGUAUCAGCUGGGGCGAUGGGUGCCGCGCCUUCGUAAGCCACGAGAUUUGUAUGGUGUCUCCUCCUCUGGCCCACUGAGCCCAACGAGAUGGCCGUACCACUGUGAGGUCAUUGAUGAAAAAGUACAGCAUAUCGAUUGCACUCCUUUGAAUCCUGAGCCAAUGUAUAUCCCAACAGGUCUAGAAAUGGAACCGCUUUAUCCAGAUUCUAAGGAAAAUACUGUGGUUUAUCUAGCUGAAGAUGCUUACAAAGAGCCCUGUUUUGUGUAUUCCCGAGUUGGGGGCAACCGGACACCCUUAAAGCAGCCUGUGGACAACUGUGACAACACUUUGCUGUUUGAAGCAAGGUUUGAGAGCGGCAAUCUGCAGAAGGUAGUCAAAGUGGGAGAAUAUGAAUACCAGUUGGCUGUGCGCCCUGACCUCUUCACAGACAAACACACCCAGUGGUACUAUUUCCAAGUCACUAAUACCCGAGCAAGAGUAGUCUACAGAUUCACUAUUGUCAACUUCACCAAGCCUGCUAGCCUUUACAAUCGGGGUAUGCGCCCACUGUUCUAUUCUGAAAAAGAGGCCAAGGCUCAUCAUAUUGGCUGGCAGAGAAUAGGAGACCAGAUCAAGUACUAUAGGAACAAUCUGGGCCAAGACGGGCACCACUAUUUCUCCCUGACAUGGACCUUUCAGUUUCCACACAGCAAAGAUACCUGCUAUUUCGCUCACUGCUAUCCGUACACUUACACUAAGCUACAAGAGUACCUUUCUGACAUCAAUAACGACCCAGUACAGUCCAAGUUUUGUAAAAUACGUGUCUUGUGCCACACGCUUGCUAGGAACAUGGUGUAUAUUUUAACAGUCACCACCCCCUUGAAGAACGCUGACUCAAGAAAGCGAAAGGCUGUGAUUCUGACUGCACGGGUCCACCCAGGAGAAACCAACAGCUCUUGGAUCAUGAAAGGCUUCCUAGAUUUUAUUUUAGGAAACUCAAGUGAUGCACAGUUGCUCCGGGACACUUUCGUCUUCAAGGUGGUACCCAUGCUGAAUCCAGAUGGUGUGAUUGUGGGAAAUUAUCGGUGUUCCUUAGCUGGACAGGACUUAAACCGUAAUUACACAUCUCUCCUGAAGGAGUCUUUUCCUUCUGUCUGGUAUACCCGGAACAUGAUCCGGAGAUUGAUGGAGAAACGAGAGGUUAUUUUAUAUUGUGAUCUUCAUGGCCAUAGUAGGAAAGAGAAUAUCUUCAUGUAUGGCUGUGAUGGUAGCGACAGAUCUAAAGCAUUGUACUUACAGCAGCGAAUCUUUCCACUUAUGCUGAGCAAAAAUUGUCCAGAUAAAUUUUCAUUCUCAGCUUGCAAGUUCAGUGUUCAGAAGAGCAAAGAAGGAACAGGAAGGGUGGUGAUGUGGAAAAUGGGAAUUAGGAACAGCUUUACCAUGGAGGCCACCUUUUGUGGCUCUACUCUGGGUAAAAAACGAGGCACUCAUUUCAACAUAAAAGACCUGGAGUCAAUGGGAUACCAUUUUUGUGAUUCUCUCUUGGACUAUUGUGAUCCUGACCGGACCAAGUAUUAUCAGUGCCUGAAAGAAUUAGAAGAAAUGGCAAAACAUACUCAUAUAAACGUGGAAAAAGCCUUUGAGGAUUCAUAUACUUCUCUGAUAGAAAUCACAAUGGAUCCAGAGACUAGCAGCCAAGGCUCUGAUAGUUCCGAAUCCGACUCUCAGAAUUAUCUUCUCAAGUUAACUUCUCAGGUAAAAAAUAAGAAAAAGUAUCUGAAAGCAAAGAAGGAGAGGAAUUCUAUUCAAGCAAGCCACCACAAUGCCAAAGAAGAGGUAAACGAUGGAGAACAUUUAUUGAAAACACAGAAAGAAUCAAAUUCUGAUGUGAAAGAUACAAAGCCAGAUGCACCAGAUAACUAUAUGGUUGGUUAUUUAAGAAGACCAUUGCCGAAUCAAGGUUUAGUAAAAAUACCUGGACAAGAAUCUUCUUGGCUUCUAAAAAAAUAUUUAAGCUCUGAAAGUACCAUCCAAAGUCUUAGGAAAGACCACCAAAGACAGUUUUCAGAACCUGAUGAGAGGCCAAUCCAGGGAACAGUUCAACCCGAGGGAGCUGAUUGGUAUGAAAACUGUUUCAGAGUGUCAUCCCUGAAGUGUCCCGUGAGCAAGCAAACUUCCAGCUGGACUGAGAAGACAAAGAUAUCAAUAGACCUGCGUCACAACUUGAAAAACAGAAUGAAACAUUGCACAUCUCUCCCAAGCAAGAAGACUGACACAAAUUGGACUGAUGAUGAAAAAGGAUCCUACAGGGACAAGAGAAUAGCUCAAAGUCAAGAAACACUGCAGUAUCUGCUCCCUGUCGUGGAAAGCACUAGAACUGUGCCACCUCCUCAGUUAAAACAGCUCCUCAACCCAGGACCCAACAUCCCAACCCAACAUCAACUAAGGUCAGCCACUUGCAUAAAUAUGAAGAGAUACAGCACGUCCUGGACGCCACCAAGAAAUCCUACUUUUAUAUGCCAAAGGCACCUGCUAGCCGAGCCUCCAGAGUGGCUCCCCUCCGUGCCCCAGAGGUCGCAGGAAGAUUUGUCACCUCUUAAAGGCCUCAAGAAGAGGAUAAAGCAGUCUCCGUUCUGGGACGCAAGGACUGAAGACUUGAAAGCGCUCCGCGGCAGAUGGGAGACCGUGCCCUCGAGUUCCGACAUGGAGGCCAAUGUUAUCAAAGACAAGACUCUUCAAGCCGCCGCGUGCAGCCAGCCGAGCGCUAAGCCGACGGCGCCCCCUCUGACCAGAAGGAAGCAGGAGCAACCGGAGAAGGGGGACGGACGCCCCGCCUUCCUCCCGCAUUCCCAAAGGGACGCGUGACGCAGCUUCGUGCUGCUCCAACACGGUGCGUGCAGGCCAGACCCCAGUGCCGACAUGGCCGAGAGCGGCAAGAGCGAAGCCCUUCCCUGUUCCUCCCUCUGCAUACGCCGGCGUGUGUGCUGCACUAGCAAGUCCACGUAGCCCCUCUUCUUUGGUGGGGAUGUGUUUCCAGAGAUUUGAAAAGAAACUCAAAGAAAAUAGAGGCCAUUUUAAAACACUGAAAUAGUUAUAUUUAAUUUUUGUCAACAUAAAAAAAUCUGAACUUUUUAUUUCUUAUGACUUAUUCAUACAACAUCAAAAAAAAAAAAAGAAAAACUAAAAAAUCAAAGAAGAUUGAUAUUUACUAUCACUAAUUUUAACUGCCCUGCUAGAUGCUUCAGUGAAUUUAAUGAAUCGGUGGACAGAAGUCACUUCCUACAUUUAUGUUACAUUGGUGCACUAGGAACCACAUUAUUAUCAUGUAAUUAUACGUGUAAAACGUACAUGACUAAAAUGAUUGCAGAGUAAGUGCGUGGCAUGGCAAAGUGCUAAGUUGUGCGUCUCCAAUAAUU